GCUGCUUUGUGCUCCCAGCGGCCGAGCCGACAGAGCGACGAGAUUCUCCCACAGCAGCACCGCACGGGGCACGGCCACACGGCGAGCGCCGCCUGCGACCCUCUCGCCGGCGAUGGAGCAGGUGGGAGUGGAGGUGCCUCUCCCUAGGGACAAGAUAUCCAUUGAACCGAGCAGGGACGGAGGAAUCCGAGGGGGCGUCGUGCUCGUGGCCACCGGGAGCUUCAAUCCUCCCACAUUCAUGCACCUGCGCAUGUUCGAACUGGCAAAGGAUGAACUUCAGCAGCGAGGGUAUAGCGUUAUGGGUGGCUACAUGUCUCCGGUGAAUGAUGCGUAUAAGAAGAAGGACCUCUUACCGGCUGCUCACCGGAUUCGUUUUUGUGAACUUGCGUGCAAAAGCUCAUCUUUCGUGAUGGUUGAUCCAUGGGAGGCCAUGCAGAAAGGUUAUCAGCGCACUUUGACUGUCCUUUCAAGAAUUCGGAACUCUUUGUGCAGGGAUGGUUUAGCUGAUCAAGGCAGCCUGAAGGUAAUGCUUUUAUGUGGUUCUGACUUGCUCGAGUCAUUCAGCACUCCAGGAGUUUGGAUCCCAGACCAGGUCAGAACUAUAUGCAAUGACUUCGGUGUCAUAUGUAUACGCAGAGAAGGAAAAGAUGUUGGCAAUUUGAUAGCCGGCAGUGAUAUACUACAAGAAUGCAGGGAUAACAUCAUUUCGGUCGACGAGGUUGUGCCAAAUCAAAUCAGUUCAUCCAGAGUAAGAGACUGCAUAAAAAGAUGCUUGUCGAUAAAAUAUCUUACUUUUGAUGAAGUAAUUGAAUACAUUAGAGAACACAAGCUGUUUAUCGAAGCUGAAGGCGGUGAUACAACAUUGUGAUAAUAGUGGUGUUUGGAGGCUUUUACUAUCAUGAAGUUAAAUGACUUCUUCAUAAUCGACAUGUAUUGGCUGUGGACGCUAUCUCCAGAUAACAUGUGGAUCGGGCAUGUUGAGCAGUUGUGGAAAUUUCAUUUGAAAUAGAAAAUAAAAGGUGUUACGGGCAAACACUAUCAAAUAAAAGGGGCUGACCACUUAAAUCAAAUGUUACUUUGUGGAAUUUUGGAGACUCUGUAUCAUUGUUAGUUUGGCUUAAAUAGAAAAUAUUCAGAAGCAAGUGCUACA